CACAAUAAACCUGACAAUCUGACAUCUUUACCCCCAACCAAAAAACUGAUUAACUUCAGCCUCUGCAGAACCGCCUUUUUCAGAAUUCCCACACUCACUCUCACUCUCACUCCAAUUAUUUAUACUCUCAUCUCUUUCCAUCCCUAAACUUCAUUUCCUCUCUCUCUCUCUCUCUCUAAACUCUGCGAUCCAAAAUGGAAGGGAAAUCGAAACUUGGCCUUCUCUUCUUUUCCCUCACCGCCAUUUUCCUCUCUCACUCCACCGCCCUCGAGCACCAGACCCUCGUCCUCAACCCCCUACCCAACCCACCCACCCUCUCAUGGCCCGAAUCCUUGUCCGAGACCGUACAACCGGACCCGACAACCAGCACGGACCCGAACACUCUGUCCGUACAGUUGCAUCACUUGGACGCCUUGUCCCUCAACAAGACCCCCUCCCAACUCUUCAACCUCCGCCUUCAGCGCGACGCCGUCCGCGUCAAAACCCUAAGCUUCAUCGCCGCAGCCGCCGCGUCGCCGAAUAGAACAGCCAGAGGCGGUCGCGUACCCGUCAGGGGUUUCAGCAGCUCCGUCGUCUCGGGACUCGCGCAGGGCAGCGGCGAGUACUUCACGCGCCUCGGCGUCGGCACGCCUCCCAAAUACGUCUACAUGGUGCUCGACACCGGAAGCGACGUCGUUUGGCUCCAAUGCGCUCCCUGCAAGCGCUGCUAUUCGCAGACCGACCCGGUCUUCGACCCGAGGAAAUCCGGAACCUUCUCCACCAUCCCCUGUGGGUCCCCUCUAUGCCGGAAGCUCGACUCCCCGGGCUGCAAAGCCAGGAAGACCUGCCUCUACCAAGUCUCCUACGGCGACGGUUCGUUCACUUUCGGCGACUUCUCCACCGAAACGCUGACAUUUCGAGGCACCAAAGUGGGACGCGUGGCGCUCGGAUGCGGUCACGACAACGAGGGCUUGUUCGUCGGUGCGGCGGGGCUUUUGGGGCUCGGCCGGGGGAAGUUAUCAUUUCCCACCCAGACCGGGGUCCGGUUCAACAAGAAAUUCUCCUACUGUUUAGUGGACCGGUCCGCUUCGUCCAAACCGUCCUCCGUCGUCUUCGGUGACUCUGCCGUUUCUCGGACCGCCCGGUUCACUCCGCUACUCGCGAACCCGAAACUGGACACGUUUUACUACGUCGAGCUCAUCGGUAUCAGUGUCGGCGGGACACGUGUCCGGGGAAUCACGGCAUCGCUUUUCAAGCUCGACCCGGCUGGAAACGGAGGUGUCAUUCUCGAUUCGGGUACGUCCGUGACCCGCCUGACCCGAGUCGCUUACAAUUCUCUCCGUGACGCUUUCCGGGCCGGGACAUCGGGUCUGAAGCGGGCGCCGGAGUUCUCUCUGUUCGACACGUGUUUCGACUUGUCGGGUAAAAGCGAGGUGAAAGUCCCGACCGUGGUGCUGCAUUUCCGAAACGCUGACGUUUCGCUGCCGGCCACCAACUACUUGAUCCCCGUGGACAGUAGCGGGAGCUUCUGCUUUGCGUUCGCGGGUACGAUGGGCGGGUUGUCCAUAAUCGGUAACAUCCAGCAGCAGGGGUUCCGGGUGGUGUAUGACCUGGCAAGCUCUCGGGUCGGGUUUGCCCCACGUGGCUGCGCUUGAGUAAUUUUGGUAGUGGCGUAAUGAGAAACAGAAAAAGCCCUCCUUUCCUUUCCCCGUUGAAUUGUAAUUUUAAUUUUUGCUUUAUUUUAUUUUAUUUAUAAAAUCAAAGCGGGAAGAGCAAACCUUCCUUGCAUUAGGAUUAUCAUCUGAUGAUGAAUCAAAGGGUAGGAUUUUGAGAUGUUUGUGUUGUUUUACUGCUUAAUUACAAUUUACAAGCUUCACGUGUUGUUUCUUGAAUUGUAUUAUCUACUUCAACAAAUUAUUAUUUAACAUCAUACGUUAAAUAAUAAUGUGAUUAUUAAAGUUGUGUUACAGUCAA